AACGAUGUCCAACCGUAACUGGUUCGUGUCAACGGUUGUGCUGUCGCUACUGUUGUCUUAUCGAAGUUACUUCAUAAGUGCUCAGAGCCAAAAUGCAAUUGGAGCCCAUCGUACCUUCGCAAAGACAUCAUUUUCAUGUUCAGGUCGGCCGGCUGGUUAUUAUGCAGAUAUUGAGACUGGAUGUCAGGUUUACCACAUGUGUGAUGGCUUAGGAAGACAAUUCAGCUAUUCAUGUCCAAAUACAACGUUAUUCCAACAGCGAAUGUUAAUUUGCGAUCACUGGUACAUGGUGAACUGUUCUAAGGCGGAAAGCGAUUAUACUGCCAAUUUGUUAAUAGGUCAACGGGACAAACCGUUUGUCAACGAAGAAGAGAAUAAUUUACGAACACCACGACCCGAUUUGCUGGAUCGACCAUAUGCUCCGGACUACUCUGGAGAAUCGUUUAGGAAUCAGUAUCAAAAGUCUCUCUCUUCGAUAUUGAAUCAAAUUUAUGAUAAAGAUGCACAGAAGAAGGAGAAACCCUUACAAUCAUCCGCAAAUCAACCUAAUCAACCCGCAGGCCAACAACGAUGGAAAAUACCACCACCAAGUCGUUUGAUUUUGCCACCAGCUUACGAGCCACAAAUACCGGACAUUGUUGUAACCAGCACCACUAGAGCACCAACCAGUCGAAACAUCUAUUACAACCCCUCCACCACGACAACAACAGCGAAACCGUCGACUUAUCGAACUGUCACAGCUAAUACUCGUUCCCAGGGUCUGAAAUUUAAUGGUGUUGCCGCACUUCACCACCGCAGUGAUGAACACCUGCAAUAUGAUCACGAUGAUCUGGGCACCAGCCACAGUACCCGAUACAAUACUUCGGCCGAUUUUAAUUCCAAUGAAGACCGAAAUAUCAAAAAUCGUCAGAAGAAUACACAGCGGAAAACCACCACCACGACAACAACAAGAGCACCGCCAACAACAACUACGACCACAACACGGACAACUACCAGGACCACAGUUAAUUCAAACAUAAAAGUUCCCUCAAAAAUUUAUGAGCCACCAUUACUGUACCCAAUUUAUAAUUUGGAAGAAUCGAGUCCAACAAAAACAACAAGCACCACAGUCCGACCCUUCUUUAAAGCAUCCACAGCAUCGCCAUUUAUGACACGACAGACAACCACCACGCCGGCCCCCUUCACAACAAGAGCAUUGUCGCGGGCAACGACCAUGGUGGGGAAACCGUUUACCAGAGCACCGACUUCUACAUCGACAACGGUAACUAGCAGGGGCUUGAAUCGUUAUGAUGCCGAUAAGCUAAGUAAGGAGAUAAGAACACCCGCUCCGGCCCAAGGUUUUAAGGCUCCCACACCCAGACCCACAUUCAGGUCAAAUAACACCACCAAAGCCUCCACCGAGAAUGUACCCUCCAAACAUCUACUACCCCCCUUAACUGAUUUCAUACAACAUGAUGUGGCCACUACACAGGGACCACCAAUUUACUACGAGUGGAAAGUUCCCUCAGAUGGUCUGGAACCACCAAAGAAAGAGGCACCAAUCGGUGUAGAUGGACGUGAAUAUCCCGACACAGUGAUCGAUUACAAUUCCAUUAGUGCCAGUGGCAACUUUGUACCUAUUAACAACUUCGGCAUCGAUCAGACAAAAUCGAACGACAGUAAACAAACCUCACGAACCCCUUCGUCCAGAUCUAUUAAGGAAAGUGCUCAACCGAAUAACAUUGCGACGACGAGGCAGAAAGUAACUACCACCACAGCUCGUCCUGCAACGCCAUCGACAAGUGCUCCAGUUAUGCCUGAAGAUAUUUUUCAAAUACGUAAGGAACUCUCAGUACCCGAGUAUGCAUUUCCAUUGGAAAAUAUAGGUCGCACCGGUUACCUUGCCACAGAUGUCUAUAACUCAUUUCAAUUGAAAAUACCCGAAAGGCGAUCCGACACUGAUGAACAUCUCCAUUGGUUUGGUGAAAAUCCCAAAUGUCCAGAAUGCCAUCCGUCCUAUGUAAUACCCGGUACAUGUGAGCCCUGCCUAAGGAGAUAGGAGUCAAUAA